AUGCGGCUCUCGCUGCUGCUGUCGGUGCUGCGGCCCGCGGGCCCCGUGGUGAUCGGCGUGUCGCUGGGCUUCACGCUGAGCCUGCUCAGCGUCACCUGGGUGGAGGAGCCCUGCGGGCCGCCGCUGCGCCCCGCCGCCCGCCAGCGCCCCGACGGCGGCCCCGCCAGCGGGCCCGCGCCCGGCCUCGACGGCGGCCGCCACAACGGCAACGCGGCCCGCCGGCCCAACGCCGUGCCCGGCGGGCUGGGCGCCGAGAGCUGGGAGCCGCGCGUCGUGCCCUACCGCCCGCCCAGCCCCGGCAGGGCCGCCAAGAAGGCCGUCAGGACCCGGUACAUCAGCACGGAGCUGGGGAUGCGGCAGCGGCUCUUUGUGGGCGUGCUGACCUCCAAGAGCACCCUGAACACACUGGCAGUGGCUGUGAACCGCACACUGGCCCACCGCCUGGAGCGCCUGGUGUACUUCACGGGCACACGGGGCCGCAAGGUGCCUCAUGGCAUGACGGUAGUGACGCAUAGCGAUGAGCGGCCCAUCUGGAACAUGUACCAGACCAUCAAGUACCUGCUGGACCAUUAUGUGAGUGACUUUGACUGGUUCUUCCUGGUGCAGGAUGAUACCUAUACAGAGGCGCAUCGCAUCAACCGCCUGGUCGCCCACCUCAGCAUUGACACCCAGCUCUACCUGGGCCGCCCCGAGGAGUUCAUUGGCGGAGACACUGAGGGACGCUAUUGCUAUGGCGGCUUUGGGUACCUGCUGUCCCGCAGCCUCCUCCUGCGUCUGCAGCCGCACCUGGAGAACUGCCGUAAUGACAUCCUCAGUGCCCGGCCCGAUGAGUGGCUAGGCCGCUGCAUCAUCGACUACACAGCCAUCAACUGUGCUGAGGAGCAUGAGGGCCUGCAUUACCAGUACUUUGAGCUGGGGAAGAACGUAGAUCUUGAGCGGGAGACUGACCCACAUUUCCAGAAUGCAUUCACUGUCCACCCUGUGCUGGACCCUGUCCAGAUGUACCGGCUGCACAAGUACUUUGCACAAGUGGAGCUGGAGAGGACGUACCAGGAAAUCCAGCAGCUCCAGCUGGAAAUCCAGAACUCCAGCAGCCUGUCUGCAGAUGGGGACCACAGUGCCACGUGGCCCAUUGGCAUUCCUCCCCCAUUCCAGCCCAAAACUCGCUUUGAGGUGCUGCGCUGGGAUUACUUCACAGAGGAUCAGGUGUAUGCGUGCGUGGACGGCUCCCCCAAAUGUGAGUUGCGUGGUGUGGACCUGGCAGAUGUGGCUGAUGUGGUGGCCACUGCCAUGGAGGAGCUGAACCGCAAGUACCAGCCAGUGUUGCAUGUCCGCAAGCAGCAGCUAGUGAAUGGGUACAGGCGCUUUGACCCCACACGUGGCAUGGAGUACACGCUGGACCUCCAAGUAGAGGUGGUCACUCAGAAGGGGCACAGCCGCUCUGUCACCAAGCGUGUGCACCUGGUGCGCCCCCUCAGUGAGGUGGAGAUCAUCCCCAUGCCAUAUGUGACAGAGGCCAGCCGCAUCAAUGUCAUCCUGCCACUCACUGCCCAUGACCGGGACCAUGCUGCCCGCUUUUUGGAAGCAUAUGCAGCAGCUGCCUUUGAGAACAGUGAGAAUGCGGUGCUCACCUUCCUCUUCAUCUAUGACCCCUUUGAGGCCCAGCAGGUGACCCAGAAUGACAUCUUUGCCCCAGUGAAGGCCCAAAUCACUGCAUAUGAGCGCAAGUAUGCAGAGGUGAAGAUCCCGUGGAUCAGUGUUAAGACAGAUGCACCUUCCCAAAUCAAGGUCAUGGACAUCAUCUCCAAGAAGCACCCUGUGGACACCCUUUUCUUUGUGGCAGGAGUGGGCACAGAGGUCACCACCGACUUUCUGAACCGCUGCCGGAUGAACACCAUCAAUAACUGGCAAGUCUUCUUCCCCAUCCACUUUCAGGGCUACAACCCUGCCAUUGCUUACCACAAUCAGGUGCCACCUGCCACACUGGACCUGCUGCGGGACGCAGGGCGUUUUGAUCGUGAUGUCUUCCAUGAGGCCUGCUUCUACAAUGCUGACUACAUGGCAGCACGCACCCGCAUGGCAGGUGAUGUGCAGGAGAAUGAAGACAUCUUGGAGACUCUGGACAUCUAUGAUAUGUUCAUCAAGUACUCCAACUUGCAUGUCUUCCGGGCCGUGGAGCCUGCCCUGCUGCAGCGCUACCGGCACCAGGCCUGCAACCCCCGGCUCAGCGAGGAGAUCUACCACCGCUGUGUGCAGAGCAGUUUGGAGGGUGUAGGGUCUCGUUCCCAGUUGGCUAUGGUGCUUUUUGAGCAGGAGCAGGGGAACAGCACCUGAGCCUGGGGUAUGGAGGGAUUGGCCCUGCCCAGCCUCCUACCUGCCCCACCUACUCUGCUGCCCAAAUCUGUCCUCCUCAUCCUAGUGAGUGUGGCAUGGCUACAGUGCUCACUGCUAGCUGGUGCCAGAGCCUGUGACUCCUUCACACUGGUGCUACCCAGGUAGGGCUGGGAUCUCCCAGCCUGGACUGCCUGGGAUGCUCCAGAGUAGCUGUGAUCUUUGCAGACCUUCACAUGAGAUUGGGUUAGAGUUACUGAGCUGAGAGCCAGGACACCUGGGUUCUCCUCCCAGAGCUGCUGACUGCGGUCCCUCUUGCUCCUGGCUGCACUGACUGGCGGGAGGAGCAGAACUGUUCUGUCCCUUGCUUUGUCUUGUGAACUGCACCACCCCUGGCCCCACUCAGCUGAGGGCACACAGAGCCCGAGGCCUCUGCUGUGGGACUGUGACUGCGAUGAGUUACCAGCUGGGUCUUGGGGAGCUGCCACAUUUUCUCUUGACCCCCUGAUACAGGGCUAUAUUUGCUCAUUUGACUCCUCAAGCUGGGCCCUCCUUGGACACUAGGACAGAAAGGAUCAGAGCGCUGGUCCCUGUUGUGUGGGAAGAGGUGUGUCCCUGUGCCUGCCUUCUGCAGGCUUGAGUAGGGGGAGGAUGGGUUGGAGCACAUCUGACCCCCAAAAGGCAAUAAGGAGGCUGGUUUUACUGUAUGCCUCUUGGUAAUGAGACAGCAACCUGAAUCCUCCAGGCUGACUGGGGUUGGGGUUCCUGGCCCAAGGAUCUGCAGGUGCAGGGAGUGUUCGAGGGGAGCCAGGGAUCCUGCUGUGUUCACCUACCAUGAGCUGCUCCCCAUGGGAACCGUGACCCAGGCCGCUUUGGCCUUCGUAGUAUCAAUAGGACGUAGGAGGUCGCAGCCUUCAGACAAGAGCCUCCUGCCAGAGGUUUGAGCCAUCUCUGUCACCUAUCCAGAGCCCAACGUGGGGCUGCCCUGUAGACACCUGUCUCAAAGGCUUUGCUGCCUUGCCACCGCAGAAGAGACCCUUAUGUGUGCAUGUGGCUGGCCUUUGUGGC